GUCUGGGUGCCGGAUCGGGCCGUCCAUCCUGAACAGCGACCUGGCGGCGCUGGGCUCGGAGUGCAGCCGCAUGGUGGACUGCGGGGCCGACUACCUCCACCUGGACGUCAUGGACGGCCAAUGGACAGUUCAGUGGGAUUGGUCCUCUGAGUUCUGCAGCCUUAUCCCUGACUAGGCAUUCAGUGGAAAAUGCUCUACAUGAAAAUGGGUGGUGAAAUGAUCUGAAGCUUGGAGAAGGCUCUGGAUAAUGCUGUUAUAGAGAGCUCUAUCCUCACCAGCUGGAGGGCAUUUUGUUCCAAACAUCACUUUUGGCCAUCCUGUUGUAGAGAGCCUUCGGAAGCAGCUGGGUCAGCAGCCCUUCUUUGAUAUGCAUAUGAUGGUUGCUAAGCCAGAACAGUGGGUGAAACCCAUGGCUGUAGCAGGUGGAAAUCAAUACACCUUUCACAUAGAAGCUACGAACAAUCCAGGGGCGCUCAUUAAAGACAUAAGAGAAAACGGGAUGAAGGUUGGUUUGGCUAUCAAGCCAGGAACGACAGUAGAAUGCCUAGCACCAUGGGCCAAUCAGAUAGAUAUGGCUUUAGUUAUGACAGUGGAGCCUGGAUUUGGUGGACAGAAAUUCAUGGAAGAUAUGAUGCCAAAGGUUCACUGGUUGAGAACACAGUUUCCUUCCUUGGAUAUUGAAGUGGAUGGUGGUGUAGGGCCAGACACCAUUCAUAAAUGUGCAGAGGCAGGGGCAAAUAUGAUUGUGUCUGGGAGCGCGAUAAUGAAGAGUGAUGACCCCCGAGCUGUGAUUAACCUGCUGAGGAACGUGUGUUGCGAAGCUGCUCAAAAGCGUUCUCUUGACCGGUGAAAUCAGAUUACUACUCAAAGUGGUGCAUAUACAUACAUGUGUGAUAACCAUCAUGGAAUCAGCAAGAGAGCAGCAAUGAAGAUUCAUUCCUCUCUUGCCAUGAAGGGAACAGAAAACGUGUUAAGAUUGUCUUGCCAGUUUGUAGGUAUGUUCAUCUAGUACAAUCACUUGGCUUGAGACAGCAACUUUGGACACUUCUUGCUUGAAGAUUAUAUGUGGUUACCAUGGAAAACAAAUGUAUUUGGUUCUGCAUUCAACCUAAAUUUGUACAUUCCUUAAUUUCAAAUGCUUGGAAAUAAACAAGAUCAGAAAAGUCUUCAGAAUGGCUGAUAAUGAGUUUUGGGUAAAGUCCAAGAAUGUGAGGCUACAGAAAGAAGAAUUAAGAGGAGAAAGAGAUAUGAAGUCUACUUGAAAAUAUAAUUAUGGAAAUAGCAAAAUCAGAAAAAAUAAGAAAAAUACAGUUUUUUUUUUAAAUGGCCCCGCCUUUAACAGCAAUGUUUAUUUGCUCCUUAAGGUUCAUACUGCUUGCUGUUAAAUGCCAGGUGCUUUAUGGAAAAACACAUUACAUUAUUGCCUAAGUGAAACAAUUUUUAUAAUGCAAGUAACUUGAGAAAUUUUACUACUUUCUCGUCUUCUGCUGAUGUAUCUAGAGUGCCUUAUGAAUGGAAAAUGGGCCUCUUCCUCCUCAAGAUGGGUAAAUAUUAUGUUAAUUUCCAUCUUAACAGAAUUGCUACCGUGAUAAUGAAAAUAAAAGUUCUGCCAUAAAA